GCCAUUUAGGGUAGCCAUGGAGAUAUUACUGGCCUCUUGUUUCCUUCCUUUUCUUUGCUAUUAAAAUCUUUCGCUCUGAUUUCAGUAAGGCACGCCACUUCUGCGGGCGUCCGGAUCCUGCAGUUCCUCUCUCUCCUCAGGGACACUUUCGCAGAGAGCAGGAACAUCUUUUUAAAUGAGGAGAGUGUGUAAGCACAAGAAUGGGUGAGGUUUAUACCAAAAGGGGAUCAAUCCCAACCAGACUCCGGGUUUUGGAGCUCGGCCCAGCCUACAGGUCCCAGGAGACCCCGCGGUAACGGCGCGCUGCAGUAAUCCUUCCCUCACUCUUCUGGAGAGUGAGAGAAAGGUUCCGCCCGCGGCGCACUGCGCGUUGGUUUGUUUUCAGCGACGGUGACGGAGAGUGGGAGCCCGGCCGACUGCUGGAGGGGGCGACCGGAGGCGGGUCCCUCCUCCCUUCAGCUCUGUGGGGCGGGGAGGAGGGAAGCUGGGCCAGCGGGCCGGGGACCCAGCCGCGACGACUGAGCAGGCUGAGGAGAUGGAGGGCGACGGCGUGCCGUGGGGGAGCGAGCCCGGGCCGGGAGGCGGCGGAAUGAUCCGCGAGCUGUGCCGGAGCUUGGGGCGCUACCGCCGCUACCUGGGCCGCUUGAAGCAGAACCUGCGCGAAACCCAGAAGUUCUUCCGCGACAUCAAGUGCGCCCACCACCACAGUCGUCACUCCGCCCCCACGGGCGGCGGCGGCGGCGCCGAGCGCGGCCCUGCCGGCGAUGUCGCCGAGACCGGGCUGCACGCGGGCCGGCUGAGCUGCAUUUCCUUCCCACCUCAGGAAGAGAAGUACCUCCAGCAGAUGGUGGACCACCUCCCCUGCAUCUUAGUCCUCGGCCAGGAUUGUCACGUCAAGUGCCGGCUGUUGAACCUGCUGCUGGGGGUGCAGGUGCUCCCUACCACCAAGCUGAGCAGCGAGGAGAGCUGUAAGCUUCGGCGCCUCCGCUUCACCUAUGGGACCCAGACUCGGGUCAGCCUGGCGCUUCCCGGCCAGUACGAACUAGUGCACACCCUGGUUGCUCACCAGGGCACCUGGGAGACCAUCCCUGAGGAGGACCUGGAGGUCCAAGAGGGCAGUGAGGAUGCUGCCCAUGUUUUAGCCGAACUGGAGGUGAUGAUGCACCAUGCCCUCUUACAGGAAGUGGACAUUGUCGUAGCACCGUGCCACAGCCUCCGGCCCACAGUGGAUGUUCUGGGUGACUUGGUGAACGAUUGCUUACCUGUGAUGACCUAUGCACUCCGCAAAGAUGAACUCUCUGAGAGGGAUGAGCAGGAGCUUCAGGAAAUCCGCAAGUGUUUCCCCUUCCCCGUGUUCUUUUUCAAAGUGCCAGAGCUGGACUCGGAGAUAAUCAACUCCUCCAGCAGAAGAGUGGAGAAUGAGAGAUCGCCACUUCAUCGCCAGCUGACCGACCUGGGCUAUCUGAGCAGCAGUCACUGUAACUGUGGGGCCACUGGCCAGGACGCCAAAGCCCAGAGCAUGUUGGUGGAGCAGAGUGAGAAGCUGAGACACCUGAGCACAUUUUCUCACCAGCUGCUGCAGACACGCCUGGUGGAUGCAGCCAAGGCCCUGAACCUUGUGCACUGUCGCUGCCUGGACAUCUUCAUCAACCAGGCCUUUGACAUGCAGCGGGACUUGCAGAUUACUCCCAAACGUCUGGAAUAUACGAGAAAGAAGGAGAACGAGCUGUAUGAGUCAUUGAUGAAUAUUGCCAACCGAAAGCAGGAGGAAAUGAAGGACAUGAUUGUCGAGACCCUUAACACCAUGAAGGAGGAACUUCUGGAUGACGCUGCCAACAUGAAGUUUAAGGAUGUCAUUGUCCCUGAGAAUGGAGAACCAGUGGGCACCAGAGAAAUCAAAUGCUGCAUCCGACAGAUCCAAGAACUCAUCAUCUCCCGGCUUAAUCAGGCGGUGGCUAACAAGCUGAUCAGCUCAGUGGAUUACCUACGGGAGAGCUUCGUCGGCACCCUGGAACGGUGCCUGCAGAGCCUGGAGAAGUCUCAAGAUGUCUCAGUUCACAUCACCAGUAAUUAUCUCAAGCAGAUCUUAAACGCUGCCUAUCAUGUUGAAGUCACCUUUCACUCAGGGUCCUCGGUUACAAGGAUGUUGUGGGAGCAAAUCAAACAGAUCAUCCUGCGCGUCACGUGGGUGAGUCCACCUGCCGUCACACUGGACUGGAAGAGGAAGGUGGCCCAGGAAGCCAUUGAGAGCCUCAGCGCCUCCAAGUUGGCCAAGAGCAUUUGCAGCCAAUUCCGGACGCGGCUCAACUGUUCUCAUGAGGCUUUUGCAGCCUCCUUGCGGCAGCUGGAAGCUGGCCACUCAGGCCGGCUGGAGAAAACGGAAGACUUGUGGUUGAGGGUUCGGAAAGAUCACGCUCCCCGCCUGGCCCGCCUUUCUCUGGAAAGCCGUUCUUUGCAGGACGUCCUGCUGCAUCAUAAACCUAAACUGGGACAGGAACUGGGCCGGGGCCAGUAUGGUGUGGUGUACCUGUGUGACAACUGGGGGGGACACUUCCCCUGUGCCCUCAAGUCAGUUGUCCCCCCAGAUGAGAAGCACUGGAAUGACCUGGCUUUGGAGUUUCACUACAUGAGGUCUCUGCCAAAGCAUGAGCGGCUAGUGGAUCUCCACGGUUCAGUCAUCGACUACAACUACGGGGGCGGCUCCAGCAUUGCCGUGCUGCUCAUUAUGGAGCGGUUACACCGGGACCUCUACUCGGGGCUGAAGGCUGGGCUGAUGCUGGAAACACGUUUGCAGGUAGCCCUGGAUGUGGUGGAAGGAAUCCGCUUCCUGCACAGCCAGGGCCUUGUGCACCGUGACAUCAAACUGAAAAAUGUGCUGUUGGACAAGCAGAACCGUGCCAAGAUCACUGACUUGGGAUUUUGCAAGCCGGAGGCCAUGAUGUCAGGCAGCAUCGUGGGCACGCCAAUCCAUAUGGCCCCUGAGCUUUUCACAGGGAAAUAUGAUAAUUCCGUGGAUGUCUACGCUUUUGGCAUUCUUUUCUGGUAUAUCUGCUCAGGCUCCAUCAAGCUCCCUGAGGCGUUUGAGAGGUGUGCCAGUAAAGACCACCUCUGGAACAACGUGCGAAGAGGAGCCCGCCCAGAACGUCUUCCUGUGUUUGAUGAGGAGUGUUGGCAGUUGAUGGAAGCCUGUUGGGAUGGUGACCCCUCUCAGAGACCUCUUUUGGGCAUCGUCCAGCCCAUGCUGCAGGGCAUCAUGGACCGGUUGUGCAAGUCAAAUUGUGAGAGGCCGAGCAGAGGACUAGAUGAUUCUACGUGAAAGCAAAGACCUUUCUCUUUUCACUCUCUCUUUCUUUCCUUCCCCUCACCUUUGGCCAUGGGAAGAGUUUGACGUGUAGUCGUUACAGAGAGCUCCCGAGGGAACUGAUGCUUGCUGGGCAACUUGAGACCGUCCCAGGCAGAAGGGACUCCUGGGGAGUGAAGAGCUGGCUGUUGAAGCAUAUUCAGCAGUUAGCUCACUGAUGCCCUGAGCUAUUCCUUUAGCAAAAGAUUGUCCAGGACAUGUGUGAAAGCUGAAGAACGCAAUGUUCUGGCCUCAGAACCGAAAAGGAGGCAAAUUUUAC